UAUGUUGGUGGAACGUUUGCCUUGCGCGAUCUGGCAAAUUCUCUCUGUCCCAGCAGGCAAUGCACACACCACUGAGAGCGUACGCAGUGUUAACAGGCUAGGACAAGCUAGCAACGGAGGCUUGUGUGCUUUUGAAAACAUUCAAGAAAUAAAACCUAUAGUUUAUCCAAAAGAAGUCAAAGAAACAGCCUACGUGUCAUCAACAGGAUUAGGGAUGGAGUUCCCUGUGGACGUGUUGGGAUCAGUGAGACAUGAGGAGGAGGAGCAGGCAGCAGAGGGCUACAUGACCCAGCUACGAUACAUCAUCCCCGACAAGGCCGAGAGCUUUACCCUGACCAGCCACAGAAUGAUCUGUAUCAGUCUGUGUAACGUUGGUUUUGUUCCCAUCUAUGGAGGAGACCUGAAGCAUAAGAUUCUGGCCCUGUUCGCCCCAGAGGACCAGCUCACAGCGGUAGCUUUGUUUCUGGCGGGUCAGUGGUGGUCUGUCGAGGACAUCCUCAGAACCUCCGACCCCUCCAGAACUGGCCUCCUCAAGGUGAGGAGUCUUGGUGAGAGGAUCGUCCUGUACAUUCUGAACCGUAUCGUGUACCGCGUGGGUGAGAUAGACAAACCUGAGGUGCCCUUCCUGUGCCACGGACAGAACCACUUCGCCAAGCUCCUUUGGAAGGAUGGACACGCUGUCGGUUUCUACUCUGUCAAACCCAAAGACAGCUUGUGUAAUGGCUUUGUGACCCAACGCUACCAGCUGCCUGUUAUGGACUCCAUCUUUGUCAGGAAGUGUCAUCGUGGAAACAGUCAUGGUCUGCAGAUGCUGGAGGACUUUGUGGACUCUUUCAAAGAUGACCAGCUCGGCCUGAAGUACCCUCUCUCUCUAACCAUGUAUAAAGUGUGUGGCCAGUAUCUGUGUCGGUACCCAGCUGACCAGGACCUCCUGUGGGUGGUAGAGGGAGUGGGAGGACCCUACCAGAGAGAGAGAGUGGCCAACAAGAUCAAAACACUGAAGGUGGUGCUUCCCGUGGUGACGGCUAAUGGAGAUCACCAAGCAGCCUCUCUGGACAGCACAGACAUCAACAUGGAAGAGGGCUCAGACAGCUGUCUGGACAUCACCGAGGAUGUUUUGGUGCUGAAUAAGCCCCUCAAGUUAAUAGAAGCCCUGGAGGGCACACCAGUGUCAACACAUACCUGGAGUAGUGGACCUAAAAAGCGUGGCAGAGAAGAGAUGGAAGACUCUGAGGAGGAGAGCCAGCCUCUGAAGAUGAACAGAUUGGAGGAGGCAGAGCCCACCACUACAGCUGUAGAGGGAGAGGAGGAGGAAGGAAGCGGGGGGGAUGAGACAGAGACUGGAGAAGCAGAGGCUGCUCUGUCCCCUAUAGAGGAGGCCAAAGCUCAGGAGGCUGAGGUCAAAGGAGAACUGACUGAUGACCAGGGAGAGGAGGAAGAGGUUGCCACACAAGAGCCUGAUGCUGUGCUGGAGAACAGAACGACAGAGGAAGAUGUGGAAAUGGAAGAGCAGGAUACGAAGGAGGAAGAUUCCAUUGAGGCUAAAGACACCGUAGAUGCAGCUCCUGUGGCAUCAGAGGAAUUGGCUGAGACGGAAGCUGUGGUGGAGAAGGAGGCUCCUCUCCUGUUAGAAGAACCAGCCUCUGCUACAGAGAAGUCCCCUCCGCCUGCAGAGCCAGCCCCAGCAGAGCCCUCCCUCUCUGGGGAGGUGAUUGAGGAGGCAGGCGAACCUCCAGAGGAGGCCGCAGCUACACCCAUGGAAGGAGAGGAGGUAGAGGGAGAAAAGGAAGGGGCGGAGAAAGCAGUGAAGGAAGAGGAGAAAUCCAUGGAGGCGGCCAUCACAGUGGACAGCAGUAGCCAGGAAACAGUGGUCCAGGUAGGGGUAGCAGGCCUGUCCUACCAGCCUACGGAGGAAGGAGAGAACCAGCCUCUCACAGAGGAAGAAGGAGCGGAGGAGGCAAGAGAAGAGGUCAAAGGGGACGAAAAGAAAGAGGUAGAAGAGAUGGAGAAUGUUACAACCACAGAGGAUGAGAAAGAGGAGGGAGAGAGUGAGAGCUCAGACGAGGGUGGUGACGGUAAGGUCCUUUGGAGGAGAGGCAGUGGCCAAGCGGCGGUGCCUAAACAUAAAUCUAAGAGACUGAGCAGAGUGAUCAUGGAGCCUGAGGAGCAGGGCAUAGAGCAGCCGGAGGUCACGGAGGAAGAGGAGGAGGAAGCUGGAACGACAGAGGAGGAAGAGGGGGCUGUAAAGAAGAGCUUGGCUGAGGAAGAGGUGGAGGAAGAGGAGCAUCCACCAGUGAUUGACCAGAGAGCAUUGAGGAGGAAGAGCCGACAGGUCCAGGCUCCAAAGAAAGCCAAAGGGAAACGACGCAGCAAGAUCUAAACACAGCAGACGUUGCAUAUAUAAAAACACACACAAAACACAUGUUUAGAGGUGUGCAGUAAGGGGUGUUUUCUACCUGGUUUUAGGGUUUGUAAGGCAUCUAAAGUGAACAUGUAUUAUCUCUGUACGAUUUUGUUUAGAUUUUUACUUUAGGUCGUUUUAUGAAAGGUUUAAGUACAUGAAUACUCAAUACUCUCUGUUGCAAUAAGUCAAUGUGAAGUAUUUUUAAUGUUCAGAAUUGACUUUAUUCAUGUUUUUAUUGCCUUGUACUCGGUACUGACUGAGAUUGAGUUUCACAGGCCUGAUGUGGUAAUUUGAAGAUGAUUUUCAUUCUCUAGCUCAGUUAAAUUUUUUCCAAUAGCCUUGUCCUACACUGAGUCUGUGGUUGUUACAUUUAUACUAUUUACAGUAUUUAAAUAGUUUGGGUUGAAAUGCACCUCCUUAGUUUGGAGAUGUUGGAGGAGUCAUUUGAUAAAUACAGUCAUUGAAGUUCUGUUCCAAUGAAAGCCAGCCGACCCAGUUGCUCUUGAAGACCAGUUUUCCUACACCCCCUGUUUUAUGACCAGUCACUUGUAUUAAGGAAUGAAAUGUUCCAAAAAUACCUGGGGUUUUCUCCAUGUUGUCUUAUCUCUUCAGAUGUGCUGAAAUACUUUUUAUUUAGGAAAAAGCUGUGAAUGAACGGCAAUUAUAAUAUGUAAGUUGCACGGCACAGACGCACACAUGCACAUUGAUAUAUAAACGUGUAAACACACAACUAUAGUAUUUUAUGAAUAUACCCAGUAACUGAAAUUUGAAUAGGAAAAAUAGAUUUGGUUAUUAUUGUUCUUGCCCAAGUAUAAUUCAAGAUUAUAAUUUAAACUUGAUCUUAUAUCUAAUAGCAUGUUUAAUUGCAAGUGUAUUGAUUUUAAGGGUAAAAUAUGUAUAUUACAGCAAGUAGAUGAUGGCAGAAUUGAAGUGAAUGUGACUAUGUACCGGUGAUAUUUUUGUUAUAUACACUGUUGUAUAAUGCCACAACAUUCACUGUUUAGAAACACAAAUUUGCUACACAAGUUGAGCUAUUUCUGCGUGAAUUUGAUGCUGUCAUUGACCGUGUCACUUCACUGGUAAAGUUACGUUGAGGCAAAGAUAAAACAGAAUCUGUCAGUGGGCUGUUUAUGUUCCAUGGCUAUGGGUUAAUACACUGCUCAGAAAAUAAAGGGAACACUACAAUAA